CCGGGGUUCAACGCUCCUGGCCACCGCGGCGGCUGGAAGCGGCGGCCGCGACGCGGCCCGCGGCCUCAGGUUCUCUGGCCGAGCGCCCUGGACAUUCCCCCCGCGCAGCUCCCCGCUCUGGUCCCGAAUGCGUGCAUGGCGAAGUCCCCGGAGAACUCUACCCUGGAGGAGAUUCUGGGGCAGUAUCAGCGGAGUCUCCGGGACCGUGCGAACAGAAGCAUUCAUCAACUGAAGUGUGCCCUGAGAGACAGUGACGGCACUUUUGGGGAAUCUGCUCUGGAGCCUUCUUUCGGCACCACUGUAGGAGACGAGGACACCAGGGCUGCCUGGCAUGAGCUGCAGCACAGCCACGCUGUUAAUCAACUCAGAGCUUUGUUGCACCAACAAGCAGCUAAGGAAAGUGAAGUAUCACCAUCAAGAAGACAAAAUGUGUCUCCUUCAAGGUCAUCAGAAUACAACGAAGCCAACAUGCCUACUAUACAUAAUCUUGUUCCAAUCAUCCAUGAUCAGUCUCAAUACAUUCAUCAUUUAGAGGCAGAAGUUAAUUUCUGCAAAGAGGAACUCUCUGGAAUGAAAAAUAGGGUACAAGUAGUUGUGCUUGAAAAUGAAAGGCUGCAACAAGAACUGACGUCUCAAAGACAAGAGGAAGCAGUGAAGUUGGAACAAAAAGGACUGGAUGCAUCUGGAACUAUGAAGAAUUCCUGGAUUACAAUGGGCGAAGAUUCCAUGGUGAAUGAAGCUGCUCAGAGACCAUUUUCCCACGGCAGUGUAGAUGUUAUCAAAUUUGCAUCUGCUGGGGAAGCUGAAAAAUGGAAACAAGAACUGGAGAAGCUAAAACUUAUUUAUGAAGAAAGGAGUGAAAUCCUGGAUUCUCAAAUGAGGUUUUUGAGGAAAGACUUAGCUGAGUAUCAGAAAAAAUGUGAAGAUCUUAAAGAGCAACUAAAGCAUAAAGAGUCUCUUCUUGCUGCUAAUACUCCUAACUCGGUUGGUGGCCUGUGUUUGCAAUGCGCUCAACAUGAUGCCGUUAUUUCCAAAACCCAUAAUAAUGUUCACAUGCAGACCAUUGAAAGGUUGACGAAAGAGAGAGAUGACUUAAUGUCUGCGCUAGUUUGCGUAAGGAGCAGCCUGACAGAUGUGCAGCAGAGAGAAGCGAGUGCUUAUGAGCAGGUGAAGCAAGCUGUGCACAUGACUGAAGAAGCUAAUUUUGAAAAAACCAAGGCUUUAAUCCAGUGUGAACAGUUGAAGAAGGAACUCGAGAGACAGACAGAGCGACUUAAAAAAGAACUUGCAUCGCAGCAAGAGAAAAGGGCCUUUGAGAAAGAGAUGCUGAAGAAAGAAAUAACAAAAGAAAGGGAGGAUAUGGGCGUCAAGAUGUUGAUCAUGUCUCAGAAUAUUGCCCAACUGGAAGGCGAGGUGGAAAAGGCUAUAAGAGAAAAGAUUUCAGCUAUUAAGCAACUAGAGGAAAUUCAAAACCAGCUUGCUUCCCAGGAAAUGGAUGUAACAAAGGUGUGUGGGGAAAUGCGCUAUCAAUUGAAUAAAACCAAAUUGGAGAAGGAUGAGGCAGAAAAGGAGCACAGAGAUUACAGAUCAAAAACUAAAAGGAAUCUCGAAAUGAAAGAUCAGGAAAUCGAGACACUGAGAUCAGAAGUGACGGGAAGCAGGCGGCACUUGGAGCAGGAGCAGCAGAAGGCUCUGCAGGCCAGAGAGGAGUGCCUGAAGCUGACACAGCUGCUGGGUGAGUCCCAGCGCCAACUGCACCUCACCAGACUGGAAAAAGAUAGCAUUCAGCAGAGCUUUAGCAACGAAGCAAAGGCCCAAGCCCUUCAGGCCCAGCAAACAGAGCAGGAGCUGAUACAGAAGAUACAGCAAAUGGAGACCCAGCAUGACAAAACUGAAAAUGAACAGUAUUCACUGCUGACCUCCCAGAACACACUUUUGAAAAAGUUCAUGGAAGAGUGCAAUACAAUAGUCAAGAAACUGGAACAAACCUCUCAAAAAAGCAGGUCUAAAAUAGCUCAGCUCAGUCAAGAAAAAAGAUACACAUCUAGCAAAAUAGAAAAGUUACAGAGAAGAAAUAAUGAAUUGGAAGAACAGUGUGUCCAGCAUGGUAAACUGCAUGACCUAAUGAAGCAAAGGCUAAAGCAGCUGGACAGGCACAGCCAGGCCGCAGCCCAGCAGCUGGUGCAGCUCCUCAACAAGCAGAACCAGCUCCUGCUGGAGGGACAGAGCUUGUCGGAAGAGGCGGGACAUCCGAGCCCCCAGGUGGGAAACUGAAGCGCAGAGUCCAGCCAGCAGGGCCGCGGGAGUGGAACAGUCUCCAUCGCCCAGCUCCCACGGGCAUGACCAGGGGACAGACGGCACCAAGGCUGGCAUGCGGAUGAAGGCCUCUUCCCCUGAGUGCUCCCGCUUCUGUCAGAGCGGCUGAACCUUUUACCCAUCAAGCAACUUGCUAGAAUGCGGUGGCUGAUGGGCUGACCGGCCUCACGGUCGGUGAGGGUCACCCAAGGCGGCCCGCAAGCUCCUGGAGACGUCACCCAUGACGCGCUUGGAAGGAUUCAUUUGAGCGUGGAAACGAGGAGAAAUGGCCUCUCCCUCUCCUUUCACACAGCUCUCGGCUGAGCGGUCCUCAGAGUGGUUUUGCCCUCCCCCCCUCCAAUAGUACGCGAGCCCCGGGGUGCCAGGCCGAGUGCGGGUCCCAUCGGGCCCUGGGUGCUGGGCAGCAAAUAAAAGGAGCCUGGACUCUGAGACGGCCCACGCAGCCCGGCCGCACUGGGCUGGUCCAGGAGUCGGCCUUGGCACCUGCUGAGUCCUGGUGACCUGAAGUCUGAGAACCUUUGAUGUCUCUGACAGUAGAAAGGCCAGAGAAUGAGUCCGAGGCCGACAGUCGGGGGUCUCUCCACAGGCUCCGUGUGUCCAUCUGCAGGACGGGGCAACCCGCCAACUCGCAGGAGCUCAGUGCACGUGUCGGGCGCCUCUGGGAGGCCCAGCGCGGUAGCUGACGCAGCGCAUUUCAUUCCCUCUCCUCCCCAACCUGAGAGUCCCGGGGAGAAGUGCAGGGAAGGAGAGGCCCGCGGGGUCAGCGGUGCCCGGCCACUUUGCCCACGCUGUUCGCCCCUCCGUCUCUCCUCCUCGAGCUCCAAGCACGUGGCCGUUUUCCCUCUCCUCCGGCCCCUGUCCCGGUUGUGUGGGCUCCGCCUUGAUCUCCCCAUCUGUCUGCCGCACAGCACACUCGGAUCCUAACACCGACCGUCGAUGCUAGAAAUGUCUUCCAGGGUUUUCAAAACCUGAUAAUUGCCAAAUGGAUUCCAAAGUUUUCAUGCAUUUAAAACAAAACCAAAUCUAGAAAAAAAACCUCAGAAAAAUGAGUCUUUUUUCCCUCGCCUGAAGCAACAAAGUUUGACCAUCCUGUGCUAGCUGAUACUGGCCCACCUGGCUCCUCUCUAAAGGGGCCCUUCAGAUGCAGGCUUUCCAUCUGGAGUUCUUUUCACAUGAACGCCACAAAAGGAAUUUGGUGCAGGGAAUGAGGGAGUGUUGGCUUUUAGAAGCGAAUGCCAGUGUUCACAGAGCUUGCAGCCAUCCCCGUGGGGAUCCGAGUGUCCCAGACUGAAGGCUCUUUCCUUCCCUGUGACGCUGCCCUAGAGAGUUCUGUGUCUGCCAGCGUCCGUGGCCGGUCAGGAGAACUGUGAGGUGCGCUGCAGUGAGCCCUUGCUGCUUACUCCCUGUCCCUGCAGGUGUUUCCUGGACCCCGUGUUCUGGGGGUUCUGGAUCUGUAGUCACGUGUACUGUUUUCCUGGAGAGAGUCCUCUGUUUCUUCUGUGCUUGAGGGAUGGUUUAGCUCAAGACAGCCAUUUCUCAGCCCAUCUGAAUCACACACAAUAACUUAAUUUUGCGUCUCAAACUCUCCCAGGCCCCCAGAGGAGAAUGGGUAUUUCCUAGGCUGGGCAGCUGACCUUAGUCAAAGCUGCCUUUCUUGGCUAUGCACCUGUGUGCCCGGCCUGGCGUCCCGAAGCAGGGGGUGGCCUGUGGCCUUUGACAGCAAACAAGAAGACUCUAUUACUCUAAAUCAUCCCUGCUUAAAUUCUGAAAUGUGUACAGCAACAUGUCUGGCAGAGGGAGCCGGUCAUAGUCUUAAUCAUGCCACGGUGACAUUUUUGGCCACGGGAAUUCCCAUCUUCCCCUGAAACGAUGCUGUGUGCUGCGAGCCAGGCUGGCGAGAGCCGGGAGGCCUGCAGCUGGCCGGGUGGGCGAGCCUCAGGACGCUGAGCGCGUGGCUUCUGGUUGACUGCUCUGAGUUUACAGCUGACUAGAAACAACGGUUUUAUUAACCUUCUGCGUCUUCUGGGGGGAACAGGAAAGCAAGAAGAUGGCUUAAAAUCUCAUGACGUGGCUAGAACUUGUGGCAAGUAGGGGCAUGGGAGCGCCAGCCGGCCAGCUCAAGCACAGCUUCCCGCCCUUCUCCAUCCUCACCCCAGGGGUGUCCGCUGGGGGCGGGCUCCAGGGCUCUGACGCUUCUGCAGAGGUGGGCCGUGGCCGACAGGGGACCGGUGCGGGGACCGAGCCUCUGGUUGGUAACUUGGGCCCCCGAGGAGACUGGGUGGGGGGCGGCCGCCCGGUGCCAGCGCACCAAGCUGGCCAGGAAAGAGGGUGCCAGCAGGUGAGGGAACCCCAGUCUUCUCUGAGAGCUGGGAAAGGAGAUGGUGGGUGGGCCCACGGGAGGCUCUUUCUACAUCAGGAUUAUUUCGCUUAGAUAUUUAUUUGGGGGUGAGUGUGGUCUCCGCUGCUGUCUGUUUUCUGGCUGCUUCUUCCAACAGCCGGAUUCCAUCGUCAGUGUCGGGGGGGGGGUGGUUCUUUUUAGUCCCUUCAGACGAAUCACUGUUACAGUUUUGAAAACCCUAUCGGCGACUGAUUUAUCAGUGGUUAAUCAUUUGGCCCUAUGACUUUUGAGCAUUCUUGGCAGAAAAAUUUCUUUCUAAUUUGAUUUAAACUUGUGCAUGGAUCCAGCAGCCAUAUGUGAUUAUAUUCAGGAACACGGACAUUAUCUCAUUACGCCAAAGGCCUCGUGGAAGAGAGCUGAAAACACACCCGAGAAACAGAGACAGAAGAUGGCAGGCGCGGGAGAGGCCUGGUGGUGGCCGGGAGCCGUCCAGGAAGAGACGCGUCGCCCCUCAGCCCCGCCAGCACAGGUGCGCACACCUGCGGGAGAGACGCGGGCUGCCCGGCGCGCCUGGAGCUGCUCGCUGCCACGGGGCGCCCUUCCCCGAGCCCCAGGGGUGCUGCCCAGCUGACACAGUGGUUCUGGGGAGUCAGCUACCUGCGAAACAGAUGGCCCUUGAAUAGAACAGCAAAUACACGGAAUAAAAUAAAUUAGAAAGCCUCCUCCUUCACCAAGAUUUUUUGGAAAGGAUUCUAAAUAGAUGAAAACAAACAAUUUGAUUUCAACCAAAUUGUUGUUUUUUUGUUUUUAUCCUGAUUUUCACCCGAAUUGUCAGUCUCAAAAAUAAACACUGAUACAUUCCCAGAAAAUAUUUUUCAAAUAAAAACUGACUCUGUUAAAGUUUGCCCUGAUUCUUUCAAAACUGUGUAUAAG